AUGUCGGCCAAGAGGGAAGAACUGAAGAAAGCCAACCCGAAAAAGAACUACAAGGAAGUUUGCUUGGAGCUGACACAAAUAUAUGAUCACAAAGAACAUAAACAAGAAGGGCUAUUCAUCAAAAAAGGGAUGACUCAGGAGCUGAAGAAUGAACUCAGGGAGGUGAGAGAAGAACUCAAGGAAAAGAUGGAAGAGAUAAAGCAGAUAAAGGAUAUAAUGGACAAAGAUUUUGAUAAGCUUCAUGAGUUUGUGGAAAUUAUGAAGGAAAUGCAGAAGGAAAUGGAUGAAAAGAUGGAUGUUUUAAUGACUAUACAGAAGAACAGCAAGCUUCCCCCUCAAAAACAACCAAAGGAGCAGCAGGAACUCGGGCAGAUAGGAAAGACGGACAAAGAUCCCCAGCUCAGACCCAAGAAAAUGGAAGAACCUGAUGGAGCAUCAUCGGCUAGCAAUAAGACGAUGAUGUCACAAAAAACAAAGACUAAUCCACCGGGUCCCCUUCAUUCCUGUCAGAGUUGCUGCGAGACCUUCACACCAUGCCUGGGCGCCCUUUUCACCUUUGUCAUCUGGAGCUGCUUUCUGAUUUAUCUGUACUUCAGCCCCGAUGAGAUGGAGUAUGUGCUUCCAACCUAG